ACGAGGAACUGCCCAAACAUUGUGGCAAAAAAAAGAAACUACCCCCACAUCCCGCAUCUUUAUCCCCAGGCCCGAUCCACCUCUGUCGCCGCACCAGGCCACACACCCACCGCACUCCACCGCCCCGCGCCGCCAUCCACCUGGUCGCCGCUGCCCCCGUGCCGCCAUCCACCUGGCCGCCGCCGCCGCCCCCACGCCGACGUCGAACCGCACUGCCGCUGGAGUCCGGACCACCAACCGCGUCGUCGCCGGAGUCCCGACCUUCAAGCGCGCCGCUGCUGAGCCCAGACCACCAAUGGUGGCGCCGCCGGAGACCCAACCUCCAACCUCAACGCCACCAGGCCCCGAUAACAAAAGCGUGCCAUCACCACCCCCACGACCCGCAUCGCCGGUGCCCCUCCUCCACGGCCGGCGCUCUCCCAACCCGUGGCCGACACACAUCCUCUUCUGCGGCCAGCGCCCUCCCUCCCUGCGGCCGACACGCUCCUUCCCCGCGGCCGACGGGCCUCCAGCUCUGUGGCCGGCGCAGUCCCUCCUCGCUGCAGCUUGCCCCUCCUCCAUGGAUGCCCUGCACCUGCUGCCAAAACUCGUUGAGGUGGUACCCUUAACCCUCGACCUUCAAUUACAGGUCACCAACGACGCUACAAAGAGAAAGGGCCCCGCGAAGUUCAGUUUUUUGAUUUUCUGAAGUUUAGUUUGUUGAUUUUCUGAAGAAAUAGGUUCCUUCACUUGCACUCCUCUAACUAGUCCUGUGUGGUGAUCUCCUCGACUCCUAGGUUCGGCACAAACUGAGAAUUGUAAGCAUCUUUUGAGUUUAUAAUGCUUGAAAUUACAGUACGGGAUUAUAUAACAUUCUAGGUGGAAUUGGUCAAUGUUGUUCCCUGUAGUUGUAUAGUAUCCAGAUCAAUCGUCGAUUCCUAUUCUCUAAGUGAUUUUGAUGUCUGAA